AUGACGAUGAAAAACUUGAAGAAAUUGAAUCGCCUGGGAUCAAUCAGCAUGGGUUCAUCCAUCUUCGCACUAACUUCGCUGCUUCUUGGCGUACCGUACUUAUUUGUUAUCAUUUGUGAUGUGGAUAUGUUCAUCAACAAGCAGUUUCCUGAAACUGUGGUAAGUAAUUUGUUUUCACAAAAACAAUUGCAAGUUUAAAG